AAACGGGAAAAAGAGAGGGAAGAGUUGGGAGUUUGAGAAUCGUUGGCCCUUCCCACUUUCCGGAGAUGCUCCAGCCCAUCCCUAAAUUGUGGGCCAAUGAGGCUGGCUCAUUCACUCGUUCUACAAUAGGUAAGGAGAGAGAGACACAGAGCAACAGAUAUAUAUCCACACAGAGAUAGGCAGAAAAAGGAAGAAACACUGAAUCCAACUGGAGGAGAGAGACAGAGACAGAAAAAAAAACUGAGUUUGGAAGACAGGGAGGAAGGAAGUAGAACCCUACAGGAGUAAAGUAGAACCUGGGAGACAGGCAGAUUAAUAGAAAUGAAGAGGCAGAUCUUCUGACAGGGCAGAUUUAUAGUGUGGACAACCCACUGGGGGAGAAAAAAAGCAGAAAAAAAGGAAAACAGGAACAUCUGGGAGCAAACAGUCUAUCACAGUUGCCUCGUAAGACAUUUCAUAGGACAGAGAGGAAGCCCUCUGCAGGUGUAGAUGCAGACAGGUGGACGGACAGACAUGCUGCUUGGCGUACUGUUUCUCUGCGCUGCUGGAGGAAAUUGGGGGCCCGCCCCUGGAGUGUGGGGGUACGGACAGGUCCAGGACAGACAGGAGCCGGGGGCACCUUUCUGCACGGCCCCUUGCCACUGUGAGCAAGAUGGCAUCUUUAUCAUGGUGGACUGCUCGGAGAUGGGACUAUCAUCUGUGCCGGCCGGCCUGAGCCCUUUCACCACGUACCUGGAUCUGAGCAUGAACAACAUCAGCGAGAUUCAGCCCAGAGCCUUCCAUCGACUGCACCUGUUAUCAGAACUGCGUAUCUCCGGCAAUCAGCUGAGGUAUAUCUCAGGCAUUGCUCUCCAGGGUCUUCACAACCUCCGAGUUCUGAUGCUACAAAACAACCAGCUGGAGAGACUUCCUGAUGAUGCUCCAUGGGACCUCCCCAACCUCCUGUCCUUGCGCCUUGAUGCCAACCUCCUAAGCAGGGUGCCAGCUGAGGCCUUCAGAGGCGUUAGCUCUUUGAGACACCUGUGGUUGGACGACAACUCCCUGACAGAGAUUCCUGUGAUGGCCCUCGACUCUCUGCACUCUUUACAGGCAAUGACGCUGGCCCUGAACCAGAUCACCCACAUCCCAGAUUAUGCAUUUACCAACCUCUCAGCGCUUGUUGUGCUGCAUCUCCACAACAACCACAUACAGAGCAUGGGUUCAAGAUGUUUUGAAGGUUUAGAGAGCCUGGAGACACUGGACUUAAACUACAAUGAUCUGCAGGAGUUCCCCGUGGCAAUCAGGACACUAAGCAAACUUCAGGAACUGGGCUUCCAUAACAACAACAUCAAAGCGAUCCCCGAGAAGGCCUUUGUGGGAAACCCUCAGCUCCAAACCAUUCACUUUUAUGAGAACCCCAUCCAGUUUGUGGGGAAAUCUGCUUUCCAGUUCUUACCGAAACUGCACACACUUUCCCUGAAUGGGGCAACCCAAAUUCAAGAGUUUCCUGAUUUGAAAGGAACAACCAGCCUUGAAAUAUUGACAUUGACUCGGGCUGGCCUUUCAGCUCUUCCCUUGGAUCUAUGUGAACAGUUGCCCCACCUCAGAGUGCUAGAGUUGUCUUACAACCAGAUUGAUGAUCUUCCCAGUUUUUACCACUGCUCUGCACUUCAAGAAAUCGGACUGCAGCAUAAUCAAAUCAGAAGAAUAGAGUCAAGCACCUUCCAGCAGCUCACCUCUCUCAGAGCACUCGAUCUAAGCUGGAACAUGAUUGAGUGGAUCCACCCAGAUGCCUUCACCUCACUUCACUCUUUGAUCAAACUGGACCUGAGUGAGAACCGUCUCAGCUCUGUACCGGUUGCAGGUCUGGGGGGGCUUACCCACCUCAAGCUGAGGGGGAACAAAGAAUUAUACGAGGCCUUCAGUCCUGAUCACUUCCCACACAUGAGGGUGAUAGAGAUGCCUUAUGCCUACCAGUGCUGUGUAUAUGCAUCCUGUAACAGCCACAAGCCCUCCACCCAGUGGGACACAGAGCUGAGCCACACCAAUGAAGACCUACACAAGAGGACGGUGGCCAUGUACCCCGUCCAUGCAGAUGUAAACUAUGAUCCCGAUCUGGAGGAAUUCCAGCUGGAGAUAGAAGAAUCCAAGAUACAGACCAGUGUCCAAUGCACUCCCAUACCUGGCCCUUUCCGUCCCUGUGAUUCCCUUCUGGGCAGCUGGCUCGUCCGUGUUGGCAUGUGGUUCAUCUCCCUGGUGUCUCUUCUGGGAAAUGCCAUCCUGUUUCUGUCUCUCUUCGGAUCACCCGGGAGCCUGUCGCCGCUCCGCUUCAUCGUGGCUUGUAUGGGCGCUUCCAACCUGCUGAUGGGGGUGUGUUCGUGCACACUGGUCCUUGUGGACGCUCUCACCCUGGGGGAAUUCAGUGACCACGGAGCCCGCUGGGAGGGGGGACCUGGUUGUCAGGCCACAGGAUGGGUUUGGGUGUUCGCAUCCGAGGCCAGUGUGUUGCUGCUGACUCUGGCAGCAGUGCAGUGCGGUGUGAGCGUGACAUGUGCCCGCGCCUACGGGAAAUCACCGUCCCUUGGCAGCGUGUGGACAUGUGCGUGUUUUUGUCUCACCCUCUCCUUAACGCUUGCUUCACUCCCACUGUUCGGAGUGGGGGAGUAUGGGUCUUCACCUUUCUGCCUUCCUUCACCCCUGCCUACGCCAUCUUCUCGUUCCCCAUCUUCCCUGGGGUUCCCCUUGGCACUAAUUAUGAUAAACACUAUUUGCUUGCUUAUCGUCACCGUUUCGUACAUUCGUUUGUACUGGGAGCUGCUUCGGGGGGAAUGCGAGGGCUUGUGGGACUGUGCUAUGAUCAAACAUGUUGCCUGUCUGAUCUUCACUAACGGCCUUCUCUACGUACCGGUUGCUUUCCUAUCACUUUGCUCCCUUCUGGGUCUUCUCUCUUUGGGAGAGGAGGUUCUGAAAUCAGUCCUUCUUCUGCUACAGCCCCUACCCGCUUGCCUUAACCCUCUGCUCUUUCUCCUUUUCACAAGAGACCACUCUCAGUUGUUCUCCUGGUCUCGCCCCAAAGCUCGCCCACAGCUGCGCCGGGACCGCACCUUGGACUCUCUGGUCUCUGUAGGCACGGAAAAGAGUUCCUACUCAGAUUCGUCAACACAGGUCUCACUGACUGACGCCGAUGCCAGGUACAGUGCAGGGCCAUCUCCCCAGCAGGGACCGGACACAAUCAGAUUUUCUCAAUGCUCCUCUACAUCCUCUCUUCACCUCAUCCCUUGCCAAGUACCAACCGUGACAGUCCGAGAAAGGGAGACAGAAUGAUGACUCAUGGAGAUACUGGAUCAAGAUACGAUUCUUACCAUUUUUUUCCUUUUGUGCUAUGCUACAAUGACUCACCUUAUACCGAGGGGUGGACAUUAAAGGGCCGCUUCAUUGCAGCAUUUCUGGGCUACCGAUCUAUAAGCUCUUGAGAACGAGUCAACUAAAGAUGUUGACUACUAAAGAGACGUUGACAAGCAAACAAGACUCUCUCCAGAAUGGGACUGAUAGUUGCUUCUUUGCCAGUACAGUUGAACUAAAGGACGUUUUCAGAGACUAUCCAGCUGACUGAGUCAAUCAACAAAGAGUUGAGUGAACAAUGUAAAAAAAAAAAGGCUGUCAAUUAUGUUGAAAAUCAAAGCUACAUGCAGAUAAAUGGUUUACCCUGAGGGAAUAAAGGUUCAUAAUGAAAUGUGAUGACAAAUGUGGCCCAGACGUUGCAUAUUAUUAAUGUUUAAGUGGAGUUGUGUUUCUAAAUAUAAUUAUGACACUAAGUUGUUUUUUUUAAAGGGGAAUUGUCAAACAUACCAGCUAAUUUUUAAAAUGUACCGUAAGCUAACAUGUUGUGUCCACAGCAAUUUUACAGCUACAUAUAAGACUUUACAGCUGUGUAAUAGAAGUUUUUUUUUUUUUUUAUAAAAAAUGCUAUUCUUUAGCUGAGAAAUGAUCUGGGUUGCACAUGUGGUUUUAUAUGGUUUACAUGAUUUUGCUCAAAAAUAUGCAACUUUGCCCCACAAGCAUUAAGCAGUCUUAUGGAUUGAAUGGGACAUAGCUGUUUUCCUGCCAACCUAAGAGUAGGCUAGUGACCUUCAUAUACAUACAAUGUAACUACCUCUGAACUAUGGUAUUGACUCACUACAGCCUUAUUAAUGUUUCUCUUUUUUUUUUUUUUUU